ACUCUGUUUCUCUGUCUACUUCCUCUCUCUCUCUCUCUCUCUAGGCUAGAGCCUUUCCAUUUUGUCUCUCUUAUGUGUAUACACAUAUGUGUGAAUCUGAAGCGUUAAUGGUCACUGAUUUUGAUUUUGUGCUCCGUUCCGUUUAAGCUUCUCUAACGAUUCCUUGCUUUCUUUCACUACUCUCAGACCAAAUAUAUCCGACUUGUCUGGUGAGUUUUUCGCUACUUCACGAAGACCUGGGAACUCAAGUCUUAACAAUUUGAAAUCGUUUUUCCUUUACUUUCCGUUCCUUUCCUUUCUAUUUUCUUGGAAACCAAACGAGGACUGCAAGAAGAUUGACCUUGCUUUUGGCUUUUUUAUAUAACUUACCCCGGGCCUCAGUUCGAUCGUAUUUGAUUGCGUAGUAGUAACACCCCUAUACACCCCUAUAGGUUAUAUGUAUAUGCUCUGUUUGGAUGCCAAGAAAAUGCGAAGGAAAGAGCAUAAUUCUUCAAUUAUAACUGAUAUUUUUUACCGAAGAAAAUUUAGAUAUCUUCUCAAAUGAGACGUGACGAUAUUGCUUCACUGGAAUGAGUUUUUCAGUGUUCUGAUCCAAGGAACUAUAAGCAUUAUGAUUUGAAAAAUGUCACACUCAUCAGACGAAGACACAGAUAUAAGUGAUUCAGAGUUGGAUGAAUACGCUGAAGAAUGUUUCGAGAACUUAAGGAAUGGUAGUGUAAAGGUGAAAGAAUCAGAUGAAACAUUUAGAUGCCCAUACUGCCCUGGGAGGAAAAAACAGGAUUAUCAAUACGAGGAGCUCCUUCAACAUGGUGUUGGGAAGCGUUCACAGAGCAGGAGUCUAAAGGAGAAAGGGAAGCAUUCAGGCCUAGUGAAGUACAUGGAAUUGUAUGUUAAUGUGAAUGCAAAUAGGUCAUUGUCAAAAUCCACAGUGGAGGCUACUGAGCCUCAUAAGCUCAAUGACGCAAAUGAGCUAUUUGUUUGGCCUUGGGUGGGAAUUGUAGGAAACCUCCCUGUUGAGAAAAAGGAUGGGCGUUGCAUUGGGGAAAGCGGGUCGAAACUUAGGAAUGAUUUGGCUAGACAAGGGUUUAACCCAGUGAGGGUUCAUCCUUUGUGGACAUAUAGGGGCCAUUCUGGGUUUGCACUGGUGGAAUUUAACAAAGAUUGGCCUGGAUUUAAUAAUGCCAUGUUGUUUGAGAAGACUUUUGAGACAAAUCAUAGGGGCAAGAAGGAUUACUAUAAUGCAAAGUACCUUGGAGAGGAGAUGUAUGGAUGGGUUGCCCGGGAUGAUGACUUCCACACAGACAGUAUCGUUGGUGAGCAUCUGCGAAAGAGUGGAGACUUGAAAACUAUUUCUGACAUUGAAGCAGAAGAUAAGCGAAAAACUACAACACUUUUGACAAAUCUGACUAAUGUUAUUGAGGUGAAAAAUACACGCCUCAAGGAGAUUGAGUGUAAAUACAAUGAAACUUCGAUGUCACUGACCGUUUUGAUGACUCAAAAAGAUGAGAUGCACAAAGCUUAUAAUGAAGAAAUUAGGAAGAUGCAGCAGAAUGCUCGCGGUCAAUUUGAAAGGAUUUUCAAGGAGCAUGAAAAGAUUACAAUGCAGUUAGCAGCACAGAGCAAAGAGCUCGAGCAGCGUGAGAAAGAAUUGGAGAAACGAGAGGCCCGAAAUGAAAAUGAGAAAAAGCAGCUCUACUCUGAGAAGGAAAUGAAUGAGAGAGCAACCUUGGAGCAAAAGAAAGCAGAUGAAAAUAUUUUACGGUUGGCAGAAGAUCAACAGAGAGAAAAAGAAAAGCUUCGUAGAAAGAUUAUUGAACUACAAAAGAAACUUGAUGCCAAGCAAGCAUUGGAGUUGGAAGUUGAGGGUAUGAGUGGGGCACUACAAGUCAUGAAACACAUGGAUGAUGACGGGGAUGUGGAGCUUAUGAACAAGAGGGAUGAAAUUCAGCAAAACUUAAAAGAGAAGAUACAGGAUCUUGAAGACCUGCUAUCCCUAAAUCAAGCUCUCAUUAUUCAGGAAAGAAAAGGCAACGAUGAGUUGCAAGAUGCUCGCAAGGAGUUAAUUAAUGGCUUGAAGGAACAACAUUCCCGGGCUUUUAUUGGCAUUAAGCGGAUGGGAGAGCUUGACAGUAGGCCAUUCCACAUUGCGGCCAAGAGAAAGUACGGUAAUGAAGAAGCUGAUGACAAAGCUAUGGAGCUAUGUUCAUUAUGGGAGGAGUACCUUAGGGAUCCUAGCUGGCAUCCUUUUAAGAUUGUCAGACAAAGCAACAAGGAAGUGGAAAUCAUUGAUGAAGAUGAUGAAAAACUGAAAGAUCUAAAGACUCAGUUUGGUGAUGAAGUCUUCUUGGCUGUGACAAUUGCUUUGAUGGAGAUGAAUGAGUACAACCCCAGUGGUAGGUACAUAAUAUCAGAACUGUGGAAUUACAAGGAAGGAAGGAAAGCAACACUGGGAGAAGGGGUAUUGCAUAUAGUCAAGAAGUGGAAAGCGCAGAAGCGAAAGAGAAACUAAAAGGAAGUCCAGUCGUACAUUUUUGGGACAGAGGAAUACCUGGAUGAGCUGAAACAUGUAAGUUUUUUGAUUCAUACUGGAUCAGAUAGGAAUAUUGGAAGAACUAUUAAAACUUUGUUCCUUUACUAAUUUCCACAAGCUGUUAGAUAGUUGGAGUACAUUAAAUAUUGCUAGAUUGCAGUACAUGUCCUUUUGUUUUUCUGGAUUGAUAAUGGAUUGUUGACAAGCAUAUAAAAGAGAAGCUUAAGUUUUUAUCUUUGUGAUUUGAUGA